GCGGCGGCGGGCUGCCGGGCGACGUGUCCCUGGUGGGGGGCGGAGAGGCCCGUCACGUGCCGGAGAGGGAGGGAGGCCAGAGGAAUAAAAGGUGGGCCAGGUGGCCUUCCAAGAGGGAGGCAUGCGGUGCGACCAAAGCCGCCGAGGGAAGGGGUCCAGCUGGGGAGCCUUGAGCGCUGGCCUCUGCAGAGAGGGUCUAGGGCCCCUCUGGUCUUCCAGGGCUUUUGGACUGCAACUCCCAGAAGCCCCUAGCCAGCUGGGCUAGCCCUUAAGGAUUCUGGGAGCUGGAGUCCCAAGCCUCCGGAGGACGAGGCGGACUGGAGCAAAGUUUGGGCAAGAGGCGUCUGUCUGGGGAGCCAGCCUCGCAUGCCGCCACCUCCUGCUCCUGCUCCUGCUCCCUCGGGGGCCAUGGUGAGUGAGGGCCCCCAGCCGCGGGAGAAGGGCCCGGCGGAGGAGCCCCAGCAGGCCAAGCCGGAGCUGGAGGAGGCGGGCGGGCGGCCGGAGGAGGAGGGGGCCCCGGCGGUACGGCUGAGCUGGCGGCGCUGGCCGACGGUGCUGCUCUUCAGCGCCUACUCCUUCUGCAACGCCUUCCAGUGGAUCCAGUACGGCAGCAUCAACUCCAUCGUCUCGGGCUUCUACGGGGUGAGCCCCUUCGCCGUGGACUGGCUCUCCAUGUGCUACAUGCUGGCCUACAUCCCGCUGCUCUUCCCGGUGGCCUGGCUCCUGGACCGCAAGGGCCUCCGCCUGAUCGCCCUGGCCGGCUCGGCCCUCAACUGCCUGGGCGCCUGGGUCAAGACCGGCAGCGCCCGGCCCCAGCUCUUCGGGGUCACCCUCCUGGGCCAGGUCCUCUGCUCCCUGGCCCAGGUCUUCAUCCUCGGCAUGCCCUCCCGCAUCGCCUCCGUCUGGUUCGGCCCCAAGGAGGUCUCCAGCGCCUGCGCCCUCGCCGUCUUCGGAAACCAGCUUGGUAUUGCAGUGGGUUUCCUUCUCCCUCCAGUUCUGGUUCCCAAUUUGGCAGAGAAGGAGGAACUGGCCCAUCAUAUUGCCAUCAUGUUUUUUAUAACUGCAGGUGUGGCAACUGGACUCUUCAUCUUAGUUAUCUUUGUGUUCCGUGAAAAACCUCCAUAUCCUCCAAGCCGGGCCCAGGCCAUGAUCCACUUGGCAGCACCAGAGGAGUAUUCCUAUCUGCAAUCUAUUGUGCGGUUGUUUCGCAAUGUCAACUUUGUGCUGCUGAUAGUUACCUACGGCUUAAACACAGGAUGCUUCUAUGCUCUUUCAACAAUGCUGAACCGGAUGGUGGUGCUGAAUUAUCCAGGAGAGGAAUUGAAUGCUGGCAGAAUUGGUCUCACUAUAGUAGUGGCGGGCAUGGUUGGAGCUUUGAUUACCGGCAUCUGGUUGGAUAGAACCAAAAUGUAUAAGCAGACGACCCUGCUGGUUUAUGUCAUGUCAUUUGUGGGCAUGGUGAUUUACACUUUUACUCUGGACCUAGGUCACAUCUGGGUGGUCUUUGUGACUGCAGGUGUGCUGGGUUUUUUUAUGACAGGGUAUCUGCCACUGGGCUUUGAAUUUGCAGCAGAAUUAACAUACCCAGAAUCAGAAGGGACAUCAUCGGGCCUUCUUAAUGUAUCUGCACAGCUUUCAUCAAACCUGAUCUCCGGAGACAACAAGCCAAUCUGGAAAAUGAGCAGACUAAGAAAUUGGGAGAUAUGCCUCAAGACCAGCAUACCACACUAUGAGGAAUCAAAACUCAAGCGUUUGGUGGCAAGGUACUGCCACUGUCCUUUGUUGCUGUCACUACUACCUGCACCAACCUCCAACUCAACCCACAAUGCUACUAAUGUUGCUGAGGAAAAAGAUCAGCAGAGCUUGAGUCACUCUCAUCAUCUGAACCAGCUUCUUCGUCCCUGGUGUGUCUCAGCAGACAAGGACUGAAUGCAACAAUUGACUUGUCUUGGCAGUUGUAGCUGAACCUUGAGUCCAGCAUUGCUUCUUCAAGUGUAUUCAUGAUGGACUGAGAAACACCCUCUGUUCAUCCACGUAUAUGUCCUGUAGAUCUUCAGAACAGGAUAUGAAAUGGAUCCAGAGGAAGAUCCUUGCUCCUCAGGGAGAAUUAGAAAGCCCUUGCUCUGUGAGCAGACCUAAAUGACGUGCAGCCCUUGAUUUUCAUGUAGGGAACUAAUCCAGCCAAUGACAGGAGGAGCAAAAGUGGCUGAGAUGUCUUCCUUUUCAAAACUCCCUGCUGACAGAGCAUUUUGUAACCAAGUCCAGCAGAUGUUUUUAAGUUAGUAAGCCAUCAUUUUGAAAUUUAAAAGCUCUAUGUUUACCAACUUGUGAUUUUACUCUUGAAAUUUUGUGGGGCAAUUAGUUUUAAGCAAUAUUUGAGAAUUACAUCCUGCCAUAGAUUGCUUCCCAAUUAGUUCUUUUUAGCUUUACUAAAGUACUGUACAUCUUUUCUAAAAUUAACUGGAUGCAGAAAUAAAACAGAGGUUCCACAUUGUACUGUUCUGUAAUGCUCUUCCCUAUUUCCAAGGGCCUUCUCUAAUGUUUACUCACUAGUUAACUACUGUUCAUUAGUGGUCCCUACAAUGUUAAUGAUGUUAACUAGCCAGUUUCUCCUACUCUGGGGAAGGAAAACGACUGGUUUCCUUGUAUUUUCUAUAAAUAAGUCUACUUCAGCACAAAAAAAGCGAAUGCAAGGAACGCCAUUAUUAAAGUAUUCCAUCUAAUAAUUAAUUAAGAGGUAAUUCAUCAUCUCUUUUGACAGAUGUGCUGAACAGGAAUAAAUAAAACUCCCAAGGAGGAACUUGAAUGAAAGCACAAUAUGCUUAAAAUCCUCAAUAGUGUUUUAAAUGUCUACACUAGAUAAGCUGGCACUGUGAGUGCAUUUUAUUGUUAAAAAAGAGGCACAAUUAAGUUUUGUAGAAGCACAGAGGAACACUGAUAUGCUACAGUGUGAUAACAUUUGGAUUCUUUGUGAAAAGUGAGUGAAACAUUAAGGAUGAUUUUUACUGAAAAAAAGCCCCACAUGGAAAUAGGUCAGAUAUGCAGUGGCAUAUAUUGUGGCCUAUAGAAGAUAUUUUAACUUCAGGUAGAUUUUAUGUGAAUUCACCCUUAAGCAGGAGAAGAAAAUGCAACUUAAUUUUAUGGGGGGAAAACAAACCAUCUGUAUUUUGAAAAGGUUGUGUAAUUAAACAAUGUAGUCACACCUAACUGUACACCAUGAUGAUCUAUGAAUGUUUCCAAAUUGAAAAAGUCAUUGCACAAAUCAAGUUAGUUGUACAAUUUUCAGUAAUUUUGAAAGUAGUUACUAAAGUUGCAUGGAAUACCUGUAUAGUCCUCCAUUUAAAUGUUUGUUCAGAGAAUGGUAUAUGUAAUUUUUUAACUCCAUAGAAUUUGAAACUUGUUUCUGAGCUUUUUGAUCUACGAUGUGUAGCACUUUAUUUAAGAAAGUACUGUGCAGCUAUAAUUUUUUUGUGGGAAUGUCUCACACAGUAGCAUUAGAGAGGCUACCUCCAAGCAGUGUUUGGUUUUAGAACAAAAGUAGAAACUUUCAGUUUCAUGAGUGCUUUAUAGGUUUUCUAAUUCACAACCAAGACCCCGCCUCAUCCCAAAGUCUCUGAAUAAUAUAUCAGAUUUGUUAAAAUCUUCACUCAACAGUGUAGCUCAGUUAAUACAUGCACCUCUCCACAUAUAAGAUUGCAAUGCCCAUUCAGCAUUUGCUGGCAUAGCCAGUAGUGAGCAAUAAUGGGAAUAUCUGGUGGGCAACAUGAUUCCUUGUUCUUGGGUGAUCCAUUCUUAGCCUACCUUACAUGAAUUUAUUGAGGAUAAAUGAUGAAUAACUGUAUUUAUUUUUUAUUUAUUAAAAUAUUUUCCUGCCCUAUAUCAAAAGAUCUCAGGGUGGCAUACAAGUAAAACAAAUGCAAACAAAAUUGAAACAAUUUUUAAAAAUCAAAAUAAUUGAAUAAAAACAUUUUAAAUACAAUUAACAAGUUAAAAACAGGUUUAAAAGAUUAAAACAAUUUAAAAACCUUGUGCAUUAGUAUUUUAAGAUAAAUCAGUGAGGCUCAAAAAUUUUAAUAAAUGGCCAUGUUUUUACUUGGCACAUAAAUAAAUCCUCCAAGGGGAGGGCAUUUCUCAAUUGGGAUACAGAGGAAUAAGAAAACUAACCACUGUUCCUCAUUCCCAUUUCUGAGAUUGCAGGGGUUGUUCAGUACUUAGCAUUUCUUUCUCCCAUUAAAAGGAACAAAGUUUGCAGCUAGAUAUUAGUGUGGCUUCAGAUCAAUAAGUGGCUGUUCUCUAUAGAAACAGAAAUUUAGCAUUGAGCUUUCUGGAUUCCAUGGAGUUAAAGAAUGAUGUUUCUAAUGCCUUCAGGUCAGCAUGCCUAAAACUUCGGUUUAGAUAUGCUACCUUCAUUUCUUUUCCUCAGAAACCUGCCUGCCACUUGUCUGAGGCCUAAGAAUAGCAAUCUCUGUUUUGCACAAUAGUGUGCGACAAAUACAGCUUCUGCCAACAGCAAUGAGGAUAGCUGUAUUAGUCUGUUGUGACAUAAACAACAGUCUUAUGGGCCAUAAAAUGUGGCACUUUAAAAAUUAACACAGUAAACACAUAACAUUAUUAUGGCAUAAGCUUCUGGAGACACAAUUCACUUCCAUCAGUCAAUGUCCCCAAAAAGCUUAUGCAAAUUAAAAUGCAUGUUGUUUAAGAUGUCACAUGUCUUUUUGUGGUGACUACAGCAAUUGUUGGCAUGGUGAGCACUUACAUCCCUGCCUAUAUCCUGCAAAAUAAAAAAUAACAUAUGUACCAGGUCAUUUUCUUCUGCAGUCCCUUAGAUUAAACCAAGGGUUGAACUUACUUAGAACAGGCCCAUUGAAAUGAAUGAAAGCCCAUUCAUAUAAAUAAGCCUAUUCUUAAGGAGGACUAGCAUUCAUUUCAAACUAAUGGGCUAUAUUCAGUGUAGCUUGGGUGAUGCUUUCUUCCUCUAUUCUUUUCCACAGCAGCUCCAUGUGGUGCCCAUAAACUGGCUUUGGAGGAUUUCUCAGGCUUCCAGAGUUGUACAGUGGGCCCUUGGUAUCUGCUGAAAUUUGAUUCCAGGACCUUCCAUGGAUUCUAAAAUCCAUGGAUGCUCAGGUCUCAUUAUAUACAGUGGAAGAGUAAAAUAAUGUUCAUUACAUAAAAUGGCAAAAUCAAGGUUUGGUUUUGGGGAGGAAGGGGAAUAUUUUCAAGCUAUGGAUGGUUGAAUCUGGAAAUGCAGAGGGCUGACUGUAGUAAGGAGGGGAAUCAUCCACCUGAUUCUUCUGAAACCCAAAAUCCACAAAAAUAGUGACAGCUUUAUUAGCCAACCAAAAUGGAUUCUUCCAGCAGAGGUCCACAGUUGGAUCCUUCAAACUGAGUGACUCCAUAUUGAUAUAUUUUAUCAAUUUCUUCUCAACCUCCUUUUAGGCUUGCAGUGGGAGGCAAAUCAUAAAAAGUCACCAGUAAACUGAUAAAACUAUAAACAGUGGAGCCUUCAGGUAAAAGGACUGGUUUUAGAGGUGUAUCUCAAUAAAGGUAUAUUGCAAUUACUGUAUUUUUCUUACUUAAAUUUGUUCUCCUUAAUUCUCUUUUAUCAACAAAUCUGCAUUUUGUGAACUUUUUUUGCUUUGAAGUCUGACAUGUCUAAAUAUGUUGUUCACUCCUUCUGCCUUGGUGUAUAUUUAAGCAAUCAUAUACCACAGAGUGAUGGUGCAAAAUUAAACAUUAAUAAUGAAAAUUUUA